CCUCUCAAACAGGAAGUGAAAUGUGGAACCGUAACUGAAGUACAGAAGAAAGAUCUCACAUCUGGAGCCUCUAGGUCAUUUGAAGCUCACAGAGGCCUCCACUGCUGCCAAAAAGGACUGCUGGGUAAUGGCUGCUCUCAGGGUUUUCCUCACUCUGGCUGUCUGUCUCCUGUUUGGUCAUCAAACGUUUGCCAGAAACGACGCUCCCUGCCAGCUCUCUAAAUGGAAUAACAGCUUCAACACCUUUGUCAAACGCCACAUUCGCUCUGGUACUCCUAAUUCUCUGGACCAAAAUGAAUGGCACAACUACAUCAAGAAUAACGGUGGCUGUGACAGACCCACCCAGUCCUUCCUCCACAAAAGCGAACUGGACAGGGUGAAGGCCGUCUGCACUAAAAAGGGGGGAAAGGUGUACAAGGACAACCUGUGCAUCAGCGAGCAGCCUUUCACUUUUGUAACUGUGAGGAGUUAUCAGGGAACAUGUGGUAUCAAGAGCGUCCAAGAGGAAACCAAACAUCUGAUCCUGGCCUGUGAGGAGCUCGGCAAUCAGUGUCUGCCAGUCCAUUUUGAGGGAAACCCUGAAAAUGUAAAGCCAAAUAACAACGCCAGAGGCUGUCAGGACCCGGAAACUCGUGCCAAUGCUCCCAGCUUCAAAGCCAUGACGUGGCUCGGGGUUUUAUCAGUUCUUCUUGUUUUUAUUUAUGGCUAUCAGAAUUAACUUGAGGAACUAGAUGAGACGAUAAUUCUCACAAACACAUCUGAGAAGUGUUCGCUUUUUUUUUUUUUUUUAUAUUAAUCUUAAAUCACCAACAUGUCAACCACAAUUUUUGGAAGAAUUUGAAUUUUUAAAAAAUGUAUUUUUGUACCACUAUAUAUGCUCAUGCCUGUGUAUCUGUUUAUAUCUCUGAGAGAUCAUGAGAGGGUUGGUGCUCUUAUGGCUUUUCAUUUUAUUAAAAGUUACAGUGGUAGUGCACAGGUGGCACAGAAAUAAAGUAAUUUACUGUGUUGUGUGUAUUUUACAUUAAAAGGACAUGAAUGAAACUGCAGCACAAAAGGGAUUUAAAUGCAUUUAAGUUAUGGUAUGAUUUAAUGAACAUAAGAUUUGGAAUUUAUAUACAGUCAUUUCAACCCUGAUUUCUUUUCACUGCAUUGAAGUUGAUACAGAUCACUGGACAACUUAACCCUCACCAUGAAACAUGGUGUGUGCAGACAAGGUCUGCAAUAGACAAGAGGAAACUCUUAAGCUACACGUUAUAAUCAACAUAUUAUGUUGAUAUAAUCAACAUAUUAUGUUGACAUAUUAUGUUGAUUAUAAUGUGAUCUCUUUUCUGCAGAAAUCAGGUUUUGUCUUAAUAAGACAAAAUCAGGUUUUGUCUUAAUAAGACAAAACCUGAUUUCGUGCAAGUGUUGGCUUCCUCUUUGAAUCAUAAAUGUUCUGAAAGUCACAGCUCACGUGAGCAGCUUGUUCAAAUAAAGACCACAAGUACUCAACCAAAA